AUGGAUCUGUUCUCUGCUGCGUCCGUGGAGGGUGGGCGAUUUGAGGAACUGACGGCCACUUUUGAAAAUCUCAGCGUCUUUGAUACCAUCUUCCCGUCCGAGGAGCAGCUAAGAGAUGCAGUCCGUGCUGUCCUGAACCACGUCCAGUCGCUCUUACAGGCAGAUCGACCAAGUGUUACUGACAAGAAAAUUCUGCAGUCCAAGGGCAUUGGUAUGGUCGGCGUUGCGGACUUCUUCGUUGAGCACGGAAGCCAAAAACUCCCCGUCAUUCUCGUCCGCAAUUGGGACUACGAACGAGGCCUGGCGAAGGCUUAUGUGAUGGCGGAUAUGGUUAUGGACAACUGUGACGAGAGAGGAGAACGGUGUGAUGAGGUCCGCGGCAUUGUGACUGAUUGCAUCGAGUGGAUCUUUUUCAAGCGCUCUCGGGGUGAAAUCGUGCUGUGUUCAGAUGCCAUUCCGCCCUGCGAUGUAAGCUGUGUCGAGAAGGUGGCAAGUCGACUGUAUUGGAUGCUUCAGAACUAA